AUGGCAAAGCUGUGGCACGUCCUGCUCCUGUGUUGGACAUGGAGUCCCCUGUGCCUUCCAUCCAGUGUGAGCUUCACUGGUACACAAGAGGAGUGUAAAAUAGCUCCCUUUGUCCCUGGUUACAACUUGGGUGGCGAAGGCUUUGACAUUGUGACGAUGGAGAGAAAAGGUGCCUAUGUGAUCGACAGUGAAACAUGGGAUAUCGGAAAUGGCACUUGUAAGAUGUACCAAAACAGCUACAUGAAUGGAGAGAAGCAGAAGGUUCCUGCUGCUGUGGUGGACUGGAGAACCCUGCCCAAAUGCAAUCUGAAAGUCUCCAGUGUGAUCUAUGACUCGGUUGAAAGUCUUGUCAAUGAUUCUACAGCAUCGGUGUUCAACAACUGGAAAGCUGACCUUAAUUUCUCUUCGAUAAAGCCUGGGGUUGCAUUAGGAGGUUCCCACGCCAAAGCAUCUACCUUUGGCAUCACUAAGUCAAAACAAGACCGUUACACCUUUUUUCACCAUUUUGCCAACUGUCAAUACUAUGGUUACAGACUGGCAACAAAUCUUCAGUUGAGUCAUGAAUUCAGUUCCGCUGUGGAUUCCCUUCCUCCUUACAACGUUGAUAAUGUGGAAGCAUAUAAUAAUGUGAUUGACACUUAUGGCACACAUUACAUCACACAAGUGUAUCUUGGAGGGGAUAUAAAAGCAAUCACUGCUGUCAGGACCUGCAAGGCAACCAUGAAUGACCUGUCAGCUACAGAAAUCAAUGAUUGUUUGUCAGUCGAGGCUUUAAAUGGUUUCAAGCAUCCUGACAUUAUUGACUCAAUGAUAAAGCACUGUAACUCAAAGAAGAAGAAGCUAUCUAUCCCAAGUUUCAGUGGUGAAUUUAGUGAGCGACACACAGAGGUCAUUGGUGGAAGUAGUAACACAGCUGAUAUCCUUUUUCAAGCGAAAGACCCUUCUGUCUAUAAAAGUUGGCUUAGCUCACUGCAAAGUACACCUGAUGUGGUGCGUUACAGCUUAAAGCCCCUUCACACCUUACUGCCAUUAAAUCAUCCAGCUAGGGUGGGACUGAAGAGAGGAAUAGAGGACUACAUUCAGAAAAAUGCAAUGUUGAAACAAUGUUCAGAAACCUGUAAGAUUGGGCACAGAUUGAAUGCUAGAGAUCCCUGUGCUUGUGUCUGCAACAAAAACAAGAAUAUUAAGGUAAACUGCUGUCCUGCUUGGAAAGGUCUUGCAACAUUAAAGGUGUUCAGUCUUUAUGCAAAGGGUCUGUAUGGUGACAGGUGGACUCAGACAGAUGGUUCUGUGGAGGUGACAUAUGGUGAUCAGAAAAUGCGCACUGGUAUCAUACGUGAUAAUGACAAUCCUACAUGGACAGAAACAUUUGAAUUUGGAACCAUCACCAUUGACAUGAAAAACAAACUUAGAUUUGUUGUUUAUGACGAGGACAGUUACUGGAACAGUGAUCUGUUAGGCGAGUGUUCAUUUGAUCUGCGAGCAGGGAAUGUGAGCGACAGGUGCAAGCUGAAUCAUGGGACUUUCUACUUUUCCUAUGAAGUGGAGUGUGCACCAAGUCUUGGUGGGUACUCGUGUCAGGAGUACAUCCCUUCUCCUAUGAGCUCCUCUUUGGCUGACGUUUUCUACUCCAGAAACGGAGUCCUUCUUGGAACGUCAGGGGAGAAGUAUGGCGAGUCAGUCAGUCAGGACCUGGAGAAGGACCUCGGCUGGUCCCUCAACACCAGCUCCCUGCACAAGAAAGCCCAACAGCGUCUCUUCUUUCUGAGAAGACUGAGAAAGGCCCAGCUUCCACCACCGAUCCUGACCACCUUCUAUAGAGGAACUAUCGAGAGCAUCCUGAGCGGCUGCAUCACUGUCUGGUUUGGGAACUGUGCCAUAUCGGACCGCAAGACCCUACAGCGGAUAGUGGGAACAGCAGAGAAGAUCAUCGGAGUCUCUCUCCCCUCUAUUGAGGACAUCUACACCACACGCUGCAUUCGCAAAGCCACCAGCAUUGUGGCUGAUCGGACACACCCCUCUCACACACUCUUCACACUCCUGCCAUCUGGAAAAAGGUACCGAAGCAUUCGGGCACACACAUCCAGACUGUGCAACAGCUUUUUUCCACAAGCCAUCCGUCUCCUCAACAAAAAGGGACUGGACUGA